AGUCUCGUAGCAGCCUCGCGACCGUCAGGACAUAAUCGGCCGCCGUCUGACUGCGGUUCUCGAAGUCACGAACGUUCGCCACCACGUUUUGCGUCCGGCCAGGUACGGUCUUCCGCGUUCGCGUGAUACGGUCGUAAUUUCUCUGCGUCGGAGAGCAGCAGGAGCGAUUGGACGCCAGGGAGCGCCGGUUCUUCCGGAAAAGCAAUCGAAAGGAAGGACAGCUGAUUCUUGCAGUCUACACUAUCGAAAUCGACAUGGCAAGGCAACAGACAGUGGAUCGAAACAUCCCUCACCUGCGGGAUAUUUUUGGCUUCGGCAGCAAAUGGGACAAUGCUCGUGGACAAGCUGAGGAGAAGGCACCCGGCCACGAUAGCGCCGUGUCAGUGGGCUCUACAUCCGGGGAGGAGGAGAGUCCGAAGAACAGCAAGAAAAAGAAGUCGCGUCGCCGCGAUAACAGCAAGACGCUGACGGAGAGCGACGUGAAACACCUGGAACGGCAUCUCUCUAUGAAGAAGACCAUACGCAAAAAGAUCAUGCGUGACCUGCAGCAGGCCUUCGUCGAAGAUCCGAACGAGUUUCGUGUGGACGACAUACCGCCAGAGCAACUCAAGGCAGAGAUCAAUAUCCAGAGCCUGAGCUUCGGCACGCCGUCUCAGAAGCAGGGACGCACGCGUGGCAAUGCUGAAAGCACGUUCCUCGACAUGCUGCGUGGUGGUGGUUUGGAGAAAAAUGGGACGGAUGGUGACAGAGAUUCAGGACACGGUGGCUCGCCGACCAGAGAGGCGUCCAGUGCCCAGGAUACGGAUGAUGAGUCCAGCUAUGCAUACGAGACGCCCACCGCGCCCACGAAAAAGAGCAGCAACUUCUGGAGACGCUUUACCAUGAAAAAUCGCAAUAAACGAUAAAUCCGCAGCAGGAACCCCAGCGCGAAGAGAGAGAGUACCGAUACUUUAUAUUCUCCGUCAUCUCGAUAAUUUUUACCAGCGUAUUUAACGAGGCAGAGCUUGCAACUGUGAUAUACAUAAAACAUAAAACCAAUCAUCUUCACCUCUCCCUCUCCCCCAAGACGAUCCAUCCGUCGAAUUUUAAGAGGUUCCCGAAAUUCGAUCCGCGUACAAGACCGAGGACCAAGUGAUUUAAUGUACAAAUUUCGGACCAACAUUUUUAUUUGCUACGACAUAUCAUCGGACAUAUUAAUUACAGGCCUUAAAAGACCAGACAAUAUAUCUUUUUUAAAUUAAAAAAUAAGGAAAAUUCAGGAUAAGAAUUCGAUUCAAUAAGAAUUCAAUAAAUGUGAAAAAAACGUACGAUUUUUUAUUUUGACAAAAACUGUUAUUUUAUAUUCGAAAUUUAAUUCCUCGUAGCUCAAUUUCAGUAAGUAUUUAGAUUAGCAGAUAUUGGAACGAUGAAAUAAUUCGCACCCCUACAGUACAAAGUUGCACAAAAAUUGCGGCAAUACUGCUGCAACAUUACAUGUUGCAACAAUAUUGUAGAGAUUUUGCAGCGAUAUUGCUGCAAAUUCUGUGCUGUAUGGCUUCACUUUAUUUGAAAUUAUUAUUUGAAAUGAUAUGGACUCACAAACUUGGAAAAGAAAGAAAAACGAGGGAAUAGCUAGGACAAGCUAUUUGUUCUCUCUUGUCUGAACAAUUUCGCUGUACAUAUAUACUUUUUUUGAAAUAUCGGAGGAACUUCUUAAAACUUUCCGACCUAAAAUGUAACGAUCGAUGUGCUCGAUAAUGUAAUUCCCAUCUUCUGACGCGUACUUAAAGGCAAUGUAAAAAAUAAAAACGGAGCAAAAUAUGAAUACGUAUAUAGUGUUAGGGUAGUUAGUUUAAUUUCUCUUAAUGUAAGAAUGCGGCACAGUUAUGGGAUCUGUAAUAAGCGUAAAAGAGGUGCGUAUAAUGUGCGCACCGGUUAGUAUUAGCUAGUCAACGAUGCUAAGACCCGGUCGAUUUUCUUAUUGACAAAAUUUGAUGUCGCUUCUUUAUAAUGAACUCAAAAAUGAAAUAAUUUUUUAACUACUUUUACUACCAGUUCACGGAAAUUCACAGCCUUAAGGCUUCUCACCUGAGGAACGCAUAUAUAUGCAUGUAAGGAACUUACUGGAUUAUGUCGUUUAAGUGUGACACAUCGCAUUUUUUUUUCACUCUAAUUUAAGCUAUGUUGAUGUUUACCGAAAUCCUGUUGUUCCUACCAUUUUUCGAGAUAUCUCACUAGUAUUAUAAAUAACGUCAUUCAAACGACGUUGAUAACGAUUCACGUAUUCUCAUCUAAUCUCUACUUUCUACUAUAGUAAUAAUAAUAUAAUAAUUAUUAUUCCUUUUAAUAUUAACUGCAACGCUAUAUAUUAGCUUUAAAUGUAUUAUACUCGAGAUCCAUCUUGUGUAAGAGCAGAAAUAUACUCGAAUAAAAACUCUCAUUUGGA